AUGGUGACCAUCAUGAGCGUCCCUGCUCUGCAGGAGGCUCCCCGUGCUGGUACCGGGACCGCACUGCCUGGGGCUGGGCAUCUGGGCAGCCCCCGCCCGCAGACUCGGAGACCCUCGGCAGCAGCUGUGUGCACCGGAGAUAUGGCCGCGUGGGCGACGCCGGGGCUGGAGGCGACUCCCCAGCACGAGCAAGUACCGGAUUCUCAGACAAAGCUUUCUGCAGAUGAUGAGUGGAACCUGCGGCAGGAGAGGAUGUACAGGAUGCACGGCCAUGAGUCCGUGCACGUGGAGAUGGUCUUGAUCUUCCUCUGUGCCCUGGUCAUCGCCCAGAUAGUGCUGGCGCAGUGGAGACAGAAGCAUGGUCAUUCCGACAACCUGGUGACCUUGUUGCAGAUGUGGGUUGUCCCUUAGUUUUUCACAAUAAAACUUUACUGGUGGUGAUUUCUGUCUAUGUGGGGAAUGUUCUCAUUUAUUACCAGCUACAUCCUCUGCAGCGCUACCCGAAAACCCUUCUCAGGGAGAACACCACAAUUGGUCUACAAAUGGUUUCUUCUCAUCCAAAAAGUCAGCUGUACAUUUGGUGCUGUGGGUUAUUUGGCUAUCAUGUUUACAAUGUGUGGAUUCAAUUUAUUUUUCAAAAUCAAGGCUAGAGAUUCCAUGGAUUUUGGCAUCAUGCCCUCGUUCUAUGGCCUCUACUAUGGGGUAAUGAGGAUAGACUUUGCAGAGAUCUGCUCAGUUUACAUGGCUUCUACUAUAGGGGAAUUCUACAGAGUCAGUGGGAUGCCCACCAAGAGCUCGUCAGACGACAUCGGUGCCGCCUGUGGGCAGAUCACCGUGGUGCUCAAUGAAGAAGGACUCACUGAAAACACCUACCAGCUUUCGUGCAAGCAUGUCUUUCAUGAAUUCUGCAUCCGAGGUUGGUGUAUUGUUGGUAGAAAGCAGACGUGCCCUUACUGCAAAGAGAAGGUCGAUUUGAAGAGGAUGAUCAAUAACCUCUGGGAGCUCCUCCACACACACUUUUUAUAUGGACAAAUCCUGGACUGGCUUCGUUAUCUGGUGGCCUGGCAACCCGUGGUGAUAGGAAUCUUCCAAGGCAUUAAUUAUUCACUAGGGCUAGAAUAG